GCACGACAAUAAUAAAUGUUCUUAAAUUUUGGAGCCUUUUGACAACUGAUAAAAGGUUCAUUUUAGCAUCUAAACGAGACAAAAGAUCAAUAAAAAUCAAUAAAACAGCUAAAAAAAAAG